UCAUAAGAGCCAUAACACAAAGCAAGAAGAGAUCUUGAAACAUAUUGCAACUUUCGCAACAUGUUUUAAUUUUUGACUUGUAGUAGGUUCAUAGAGAUACUUAGCACAAAAAUAGAAGCAUCUAUUUCCUUUUAACAUUAAGAUAAAUAUGCGCAAAGGUCGCAGAUUAACGAUUAGCCGGAGCGAGCGGUUUCUAUGGGAUCAUCAUAAGUCCAGUGACCGUCACAUGGAUGGAAAAGCCGCCGUCGAGAUGGAGCUCAUGGAAGAGGAUGUCUGGUCGGUGAUGGAGGCUCAUGAACAACCAAACGCAUGGACCAUACGCUCCCCCAAAACGACGGGCGGUGAACGGAGACACAACGGAGGCGGCACGGGUGGCCUGGCCGAUAACAAUGAUGGACGGAGGAAGAAACACGUGGCGAGUUCUGCGCCGGUGAAAGUGCCUGACUGGAGCGAGAUCUCAAAGGAAGAGGAGUCUAUCGAGUCAUCACAUAAUGACAAUGCUUCUGACGUGGGUGAUGGUGAGAUGGUGCCGCCUCAUGAAUACGUGGCGCGUAGCCGUAACGGUGACGGUAGCUCAUCAAUGUUUUUAGGCGUGGGGAGGACGUUAAAAGGAAGAGACAUGAGACGCGUUAGAGACGCCGUAUGGAGCCAGACCGGGUUUGAUGGUUAAGUAGGCCCAAAUGGCUCAAGAGAGAUUUGAUGUGAGCUGGAUCCGAAAAUAAUGACCCAAUAUAGAUGUCUUAUUAAUAUUACUUUAUUGCCCUUAUUACUUUAUUGCCCUUAAUGAAACAUGCAAUGUUAGUAAAUGAAAGGACAGGCUAAUGUAAUUAUGACAAUAGGAUCCUGCUUAUAGAUAUAUAUAAAUGUGAUUUGUACAUAGACUUGGCGUAAUUAAGCACCAUACAAUAUAAUGUCAUCAUCAUGUUAAAAAAUGGAUUAUUUGCGUGGAAAGAAAGAUCAAAACCGUUAAUGACGGCAGAAAACAAAAAACAAAUAUUUUUCUUACACAAACAAAACUUGUGAGAUCGAGCAAACCACAUUGUCCCCAUCGUGCUUCUUCUUCCUCUAACCUAGAACACAAGAAAUUCUGAAGAAAAAAAACAAAAAAAAACCCUAAUAUGGGUUGCUUCAGCAGCAAACAUCGAA